AUAUAUGUGAGUUGCAAAGGAUUUAUAAGAGAUUAGUUGAUCAUAUAAUAUAUACAGAAAUAAUAUUGUGUUAAAUAGAAUGGGUAAAGGAAGAGCAGCUUGUUGUGACAAAACUAAAGUGAAGAAAGGGCCAUGGACUACUCAUGAGGAUUUGAAGCUUAUUUCUUUCAUUCAAAAACAUGGCCAUGCCAAUUGGCGUGCCCUUCCUAAACAAGCUGGGUUAUUGAGGUGUGGGAAGAGUUGCCGGUUGAGGUGGAUUAACUACCUAAGACCUGAUGUAAAGCGAGGGAAUUUCACCCCACAAGAAGAGGACACCAUUAUUAACCUACACCGGUCUUUUGGGAACAGGUGGUCAAAGAUAGCAUCUCAUUUGCCAGGAAGAACAGAUAAUGAGAUUAAAAAUGUAUGGAAUACGCAUUUGAAGAAGAGAUUAGUAGUGAUGAAGAAAGAGGAGUAUAAUUCUUCUUCAUCGUCAACUUCAACAAGUAGUCAUGAAGGGCAAUACAUGGAUAGUAGUAGCACUACUUUCUCUCCCACUUCUUCCAAGGCCAAUGAUCAAGUGAUUGACUUUUGGGAAUACAUGUUGGAUACUAGUAGUACUCCUACUAGUAUUAAUAAUUUGGACAGCUACUCCAAAAUGGCCACUAUAAGUACUACUAGUGAACAUCAUCCUCAGCUAGCAGAUGAAUAUGAAUGCCAAAAGUGGUUGACAUACUUGGAAAUUGAACUAGGACUAACAACAAAUAACCAACAAGAAUAACUUCAUGCAACUCUAGUCUCUCUAUAGAGUUUUAUACACCAUCUGUGUAUGUAAACAACGUUAAAUUUACAUAUACUAGCAAUGUAUAUUACUUGAGGAGCUAGGAGUAAUAUUUAGUACCUAGCUAAGUAGCACAAAAAUUCAUCGUAAGUUCAGCUAGAAAUAAUAAAUAAAGGCAUGUGUGCAUGUUCAUAUAAAUACAAGUCUCAGUUUUGGUUA